CUGUGGACAUUUUUGCGCAAAAGGUGCCGUUGAGCAUGUUGAACAUUUCUUUGCUCUCCUUCUCUGCGUCCAAAGCGAGGCUCAGGAAGUCGCCCUUGACGAAGUUUCUGUCCAGCACAGACGUGAAGUGUUGUUUUUCAAAUGGACGUGCUGGCCGCUCCUGCAGACAGACAUAAAGGAUGGUACCUUUCUCUGAUGGCACCCAACACAAAAGGACCAACGUUUGCCUGGCUGGACCCGUCCAGACUCUACUGCAACUCCCAGGCUCUUGCAGACUGUGUCAAAGACCUUCUCAGUCCAUUCCAAAGCGACACCAUUGACCUGGUUGCCGGGAUAGAUGCAAUGGGAUUCAUUCUAGGUGCGUCUGUUGCUACCACACUUGGAAAAGGUUUUUUGGCUGUCCGCAAAGCAGGACAUCUGUGUGUCGCAACCCAAAACCAAAACUACAUUGACUACUCAGGCAGAGAAAAGACUAUGGAAGUAAGGCUGGAUGUGCUAAAACCAGGUAUGAAGGUGCUGUUAGUGGACCAGUGGAUAGAGACUGGAGGCACCAUGAAGGCUGCCAUCCAGCUGGUGGAGAAUUUUGGAGCCAGUGUCGCAGGUGUAGCAACUGUGGCCAUCGAGAACACUGAGGGAGGAAAGUGGAUUAAAGAAAAUUACAAAUUCUCCCACUGCAUCCCCGAAGAGCUCCAGAGCCAAAUCGACAGGAAGGCUCUUGAUUCCUUCAAAAGCUUCAACUGAAGAAAAAAAAACAACUUAUCUUGCAACUUCCGUAAAGUAGAAAAGGUGAAUAGUGAUACUUUCUAUGGCUGAAAAUGUAGUUUUAUCUAGGUUGUAUAUUAUACAUUAAUAGUUAAAACCAAGUUCUUUUAAAUCACAAGCUAUACUGUAAAUCCAGCUCAAUAACUGUUCUUUUCCACAACACACUAAAACGAUUUUUUUUAUUACAUGUAAAACAUACCAUGAGAAAUUGUAAAAACAAUAAAUGAUUAAAUAUUCGUACACA